AUGGCGCUUCAUGCUGCGGCUUUCCAGCAGGUGGCGGCCACCAUCCCUGGCGCGCCCCUCAGCCGGGCGCCCUCCUCCUCCCGGCAGCACUGCCCCUCUUCCCUCUUUGACAAGCUGCUGGAGCGCCCCUUUGCGGGGGCGCUGUUGCCGGCCCCCUAUGCCCCCUGGCCCAGUGCUGCACCCGGCGGCCCUCGCUGGGUGCCUGCAGCGGUGGUGUGUGCCGCGGCGGCCGCAGCGGGGCCCUCCGCGGCAGCGGUGGCGGCGGUGUCUCCGGCCGCCAGCCUGGCGCAGGGCCAGCUGCAGAGCCAGAUCAAACGCCACACUGUGAGCGUGUUUGUUGCGGACGAGAGCGGAAUGAUCAACCGCGUGGCGGGCGUGUUUGCGCGGCGCGGCUACAACAUUGAGUCGCUGGCUGUGGGCCUCAAUGCGGACAAGGCGCUCUUCACCAUCUCCGUGUCCGGUACCGACUGCGUCCUGCAGCAGGUCAUGAAGCAGCUCUACAAGCUCGUCAACGUGCGCAAGGUGGAGGACCUGUCGCUGGCGCGCCGCGUGGAGCGCGAGCUCAUGCUGCUCAAGCUCAACGUCACCCCCGCCUCCUGGACUGAGAUCAUCCAGCUGUGCGAGAUCUUCCGCGCCAAGGUGGUGGACGUGGCCGACACGUCGCUGACCAUUGAGAUCACGGGGGACCCCGGCAAGAUGGUCGCCUUCCAGAACCGCAUGGCACGCUACGGGAUCAAGCAGCUCGCGCGUACCGGCAAGAUUGCGCUGCGGCGUGAGCGCGGGUCGGAUGCGAGCGCAGUGACGGACGUGGAGGCGGAGGUCAGCCCCGCACCCACCGCGCAGGAGGGGCCCGUCAAGCCGGAGCUGGACGAUAUCGCAGCGGCCAGCCCGGGGCUUGAGGGCGACGUGUACAGCCUUGACGCGGACAGCAUUGGCGUGUGGGACUGGAAGAUCACGGAGGAAGAGGACGACCUGGCCGGCACCGGCCUGCGCGCGCACACGCUCAGCCUGCUCGUCGACGACUCUCCCGGCGUGCUCAACCGCGUCACCGGAGUCAUUGCCCGCCGCGGCUACAACAUCCAGAGCCUGGCGGUGGGCCCCGCAGAGACGGCGGGCAUCAGCCGCAUCACGACGGUCAUCCCGGGCACGGACGCGUCCAUCCAGAAGCUGCUCAAGCAGCUCUACAAGCUCAUCGACGUUGCUGAGGUGGUGGACCUGUCGCACGUGCCCUUCUGCCAGCGCGAGGUGGCGCUCAUCAAGGUGGCUGCGGGCCCGUCCGACCGCCGCGCCUGCAUCGACAUCGCCGGCAUCUUCCGCGCCAAGAUCGUGGACACCUCCCCCACCUCCAUCACACUCGAGGUGACGGGCGACCUGGAGAAGAUCGCGGCCGUCCAGCGGCUGCUCGAGCCAUUCGGCAUCAUGGAGGUGGCGCGCACGGGGCGGGUGGCUCUGGUGCGCGACUCCGGGGUGGACACGCGGUACCUGGAGGGACAGAUUCAGCCACGACCAUUCGGGAUGGUCUAA